AUUUAAAUUCGUCGGUUUUGUAAAUGAUGGCUCCGCUCGCCAACGCUGACAAUUGAAUUUUGAUUUUCGCCUAUUCACGGUAUAUUCUUAUAUAAAUAUCUGUCUCCUAAUCCAGCGUAGAAAUUUUCGUAUAAAAAUUGUAAAACAUGAGCUCUAUCGGGACAGGCUACGAUCUCUCCGCAUCUCAGUUUUCACCGGACGGACGGGUUUUUCAAGUUGAAUAUGCUCAAAAGGCUGUUGAAAACAGUGGAACUGUCAUUGGUCUACGUGGGAAGGAUGGAAUUGUUUUUGCCGUUGAAAAACUCGUAACUUCGAAGCUUUACCAACCGGGAGCUAAUAAGCGGAUUUUUAAUGUCGAUCAACACGUUGGUAUGGCUGUGUCUGGUCUAAUUUCCGAUGCUCGACAAAUUGUAGAAACUGCACGAUCUGAAGCAGCAAGUUAUCGGACACAGUACGGCAUUGGCAUUCCUUUGAAGUACUUAAAUGAACGCGUUUCCAUGUAUAUGCAUGCAUAUACAUUAUACUCUGCCGUCAGACCAUAUGGGUGUUCAGUCAUUUUAGGAGCUUAUGAAGCAGAAGGGCCCGCAAUGUACAUGAUAGAUCCAUCAGGAGUUUCAUAUGGAUAUUAUGGAUGUGCAAUUGGUAAAGCAAAACAAUCAGCGAAAACGGAAAUUGAGAAGUUGAAACUUUCCGACAUGACUUGUAAAGAUUUAGUAAAGGAGGCAGCACGGAUAAUUUAUCUAGUUCAUGACGAACUUAGAGAUAAACAGUUUGAGUUGGAAAUGAGUUGGGUCGGUGCCCAUACGAAUGGUAAACACCAACGCGUUCCGCAAGAAGUAAGAACAGAAGCUGAAACACAGGCCCGUCAAGCAAUGAAGGAAGAUUCGGACAGUGACACAGAGGACAUGUAAACUAAAAUUCUAAGUUCAUAAUAAAAAUGGUGUAACUUAUUUACAUUGCAUAAACGAUUGUAUUUUAAAUUUUCACUGCUAAUUACACAGAUAAAUAAAGUAAUUGUUUUUUGUAAUA